AUGACUUUAUCCAUCAACUCUUUGGAAAAAAAUCCUUCCAGUUCUUUAAAGAAGAAUGAAGGAUCAAUUAAAAUUACUUCAGUUGAUUCUCACUCAUCUUCUGAAUCUAAUCAGCUAGUUAAAAACCCAUUCUUGGAUCCAAAGGUGGAAGCUUAUUACCGUCAAGUAUACUCCGAAUGCAACUAUGAAAGUUAUUCUGCUUUUGAUCCUUAUUUCACAUGGGAACAAGAGGAAGAGAAGAAACUUGUUAGUAAACUCAAUUAUAGGGUUGCAUUUGCUGCUUGUCUUAUGUUUGUUAGUUUGCAAAUUGAUAGAGGAAAUUUACAACAGGCAGUCACGGACAAUUUAUUAGAUGAUUUAAGUAUGAAUACCAAUGAUUACAAUUUUGGUAACACCAUUUUUAAAAUUGCUUUUCUAUUGGCUGAGGUGCCUUCCCAAUUAAUUUCAAAAUCAUUAGGGCCUGAUAUAUUUAUUCCAAUUCAAAUUUGUUCCUGGAGUAUAGUUGCUAUGGCACAAGCUGCUCUUUCGGGUAAAACUUCUUUUUUUAUUACAAGAGCCUUAAUUGGUGCUUUGGAAGGAGGAUUCAUUGCUGAUUUAGUAUUAUGGCUAAGUUACUUCUUCACCAGUAAGGAAUUGCCAGUGAGAUUAUCUUGGUUCUGGACUACUUUGUCAUUGGUUGGUAUUUUCACAUCACUUUUAGCAUUUGGGUUAUUAAGAAUGAGAGGUAUUCUAGGUUGGGCUGGUUGGAGAUGGUUAUUUCUCAUAGAAGGAUUAGUCACUUUGCUCAUUGGUAUUGGUUCUUUCUAUAUGAUGGUUCCUUCGGCUGUACAAACUAAAAAUUGGAUGCAUCCAAAAGGUUGGUUUACUGAUCGUGAGGUAAAGAUUGUUGUCAAUAGAAUUCUUAGAGAUGAUCCAUCCAAGGGAACAAUGCAUAAUCGUCAAGGCUUGUCUUUGAAAAUGUUGUUUAAAUCAUUUUACGAUUUCGAUAUUUGGCCAAUAUUUGCUAUAGGUUUAAUAGCAUAUAUUGGUCAACUGACAUUCGGAUACUAUUUUGGGUUAAUUAAUAGAAAACUAGGGUUUAAUGUAUUUGAUACCAAUUUGUUAGCAAUUCCUUAUCAAGUUCUUCAUAUCAUCCUACUAUUGGUCAUAACGUGGUUUUCUGAAAGAGUAAGCGAAAGAUCUUUGGUUUGUAUGAUUGCACCUUUUUUUGCAACCCCUUUAAUUGCUGUGAUUAGAUGGUGGCCAGGUUCUGGAAAAGAAGUUUGGCCAACAUGGGUUUUAAAUACCUUAUACUUGGGUCAACCUUAUAUACAUGCAAUUUGUGUUGCUUGGGUUUCCAGAAACUCCAAUUCCGUACGCACUAGGUCCAUUUCAUCAGCUCUUUACAAUAUGUUUGUGCAAUUGGGAGGAAUACUUGGGUCAAAUAUAUAUAGAGAAGAUGAUUUACCAUUGUAUCAUAGAGGAAAUAUGCAAUUGUUUUGGAUUACGCUUGCAUUGAUUCCUUUGUUGGGAUUAACUAAAUACUAUUACUAUUGGAGAAAUAUGUCAAAAGCUAAAGUAUGGAACUCCAUGAGUGAAGACGAAAAGGAACAUUAUCGUAACUAUACUAAAGAUGAAGGUGCUAGAAGAUUAGAUUUCGUAUUUGCCCAUUAGAGAACGUGUCUCGUUUAUUUUUGAUUUACUGCAGUGGAAAUUGUACUAAGCGGGAUAUUUUUUUUGCUUUUUGCCAUACAACCUAAAAUGUAAUUUACCCAAAUAGGAUAGUUUAUAUUUAAAUAGAACCGUUAAGGCACGAUUGUUUAUUUCACAAAUAACAUUCCCGGCCACUGCACGGCGGCUGUGUCGUAGGAGUGGCUUAAGGGGGGGUAGUGGUUUUGAUACCUUUGGAUUACAAAGCGGAAACUAUGCAGAUCGACGGGUUUAACGAUACACAAAAGAAACUUUGACUUGAACGCAAAAACCAUUUGGUAUCUUUUUAUGCUUCCAAGCAAGUAUAUCAUGUGUAUUACGAGUUCUGACUUAUUCAUAUAAUUAACAAAGUUAGUUUGCCUCUCGCGUUCUCUCUCGUUCUUGUUUUCAUACAAUAAGAAUACGAUAGUAUAGUACUAC